AUGUCUGCAUUCGAGACGCCGCUGAAGCUUCCACGGCCGCCGCUGAGUUCGGCGCCGAAUGCGCCACGGUCGAACGACCCCCACAACAAAAAGGUCAAUGGGUACAAGGGCGUUUACGUCUCCAACAUUGAACGUCAACCCUGGCAUGACCCGUACGGCUACUUGCAAGCCCGUGACACCAACGUGCAGCUCGACGACCCCGUCUACAUCGCCAGCUACCCCCAGAACUACCCUCGCCACAUUUCCCAUUUGCACGACGACGGCAAAUUUGCCCGUAUCACAAACACCUCCGUCUACUACUGCCAGGUCGAUAGCGUGGCGUACAACUUGGACACGCAAAUUCUUACCACCGGCUCACCCAUACUUGACCAGCGCGACAACAAGGUCAUUGCCAUCAACAACUGCGGCGGCGGCUGCACACGGGGCUUUGAUGGCAACUCCGGUGUCAAGAUGACCAAGAUCAUCGCCUUCUUGCGUGCCAAGAACUUGCUCCCCAAGGACGCCGUGGCUGGCGGCUUGUGCUAA